GGCGGCCGGGUGGGGCGAGGCGAGGCCCCGGCGGAGGACGGGUAACCGCCGGCCGGCCGCCCCCCGGCCCUGCGCCCGCCUCCUGCCGCCCCCGCCCUCCCUCAGGCGGCUCUCGCCGGCGGCGGCCCCUCGCGGCCAGAGCAGCGGCGGCAGCGGACCACCAUGAAUGUGGAACAUGAAAUUAGCCUCUUAGUUGAGGAGAUUCGGCGGUUGGGAACCAAAAAUGCUAAUGGACAAGUGAGCGUGAAAUUUGGUGUGCUCUUUGCUGAUGAAAAGUGUGCCAACCUCUUUGAAGCCCUAGUGGGAACUCUUAAGGCUGCAAAACGGCGGAAGAUUGUCACUUAUCAAGGGGAGCUACUUUUACAAGGUGUUCAUGAUGAUGUUGAUAUCAUGCUGCUGCAGGACUGAUGCAGUGUUUCAGCUAUGCGUUAAUGGAAUUGUUUGAGAUAGUGGUUUGCAACAUCCUCUGAAUAAGGCUGAUCAUUCUAAGGUGUUUUGAUGUAUUUUCUAUAUCUUUAUAGUCAAAAGGAAACUGUAAUAUUUUGGAAAACAUUCCCUUUUGUAAUUCUUCCUAAAAUGGUACUGUAUGUAAGUAAGGUAAAAGAUGCCAGAUCUUGUGCAUUUGUUUUUUUUUUAAAUCUCAGGUAAUGCUCUCAAAUGUCUGGUGGUUAUUUUCAACAGAUGAAGAAGGGGACUGGUAAUUCAAUGUUUACAAAUCAAACUGUGCCAUGAAAGUAUAAAAUAAAAGCACUUACUUAAAUGUA